AAAUGUAGCAUGGUCCAACAGAAAAUUAAGCAAAACCGUAGUGGGGAGAUAGAGAUUAACCAACGAGAAACCCACCGCGCUCUGCCCCGCCGCAGUGACACCGCCGACACCCGCAGCCCACCCUCCUGUCGCUUCCGCUGUCUCCAAACCAGUCGAUCGAAAUUUUGCUAUUAAAAUUCAAAUGGCUGAGGUAAACCAUCCUGAAGAAUAUCGUGUAGCACCAAAUUUCCAAAUCAGGGCAUUCUUUGACUCAGCUCCUCCAAUUCAUGAUGCUGCCGAUAUCAAGGCAAAGUUGAAUGAAUUUAUUCACAGGAAUUGUUUAGCUUCAGGAAAUGAUGACAAAGCAAACAGGAUAGUGUGUGUUACUUCUGGUGGUACUAGUGUACCAUUAGAGAGGAGGUGUGUUCGAUAUAUUGAUAAUUUCAGCUCAGGCCACAGAGGAGCUGCUUCCACUGAAUACUUUUUGAAGUCUGGUUAUUCUGUCAUAUUUCUCUACCGAAGGGGAACCUGCCAGCCAUUCUGUAGAGAUCUUCCAGAUAAUGCAUUGAUUGAGUGCUUACAAUAUAAUGAUGCAUCUAGCCUUCAAGUGGAUCAUAAAUGUGCUGAGGUGGUGAGAAGAGCAAUUACUGAACAUCAGGCGGCUGUGGCUGGGGGCUCUCUGAUCAAACUCCCGUUCACAACAAUCUUUGAAUAUCUGCAGAUGUUGAAGCUGAUUGCUGAGUUGCUCAGAAGCAUUGGUCCAAGUGCUAUGUUUUAUCUUGCUGCUGCCGUUUCUGACUUUUAUGUUCCUUGGGAAAGCAUGACUGUUCACAAGAUCCAGUCUGGAGCAGGUCCAUUGGACAUGCAGCUUGCUCAAGUGCCGAAGAUGCUUUCUGUGCUCAGAAGUGAGUGGGCACCUAUGGCUUUCUGCAUUUCAUUUAAGCUAGAAACUGAUAAAGAUAUCCUCUUGGAGAAGGCUGAUAUGGCUCUUAGGAAGUAUGGAAUGCAUAUGGUUGUAGCUAAUGAGCUCUUAACCCGAAAAGAAGAAGUCACGGUUGUGGCACCAAAUGAGAAGAUUAUUGUUAAGAGGGACGAAUCCCAAGUUGGGGCUGAUGUAGAAAACCCUCUGAUCAACCUCAUUGUGGAAAGGCAUUCAGAGUAUAUAUGCAGAUUGAACCAAUUUGUCUGUGUUAAAGAGCAUCCCACAUCGGAAUAGUGUGAGGAAAUUGAUCGGUAUAUAAGCUCUUGAGUUGAACUAACUAAUCGAUUGGAUUCAAUCUUUUAAUGUGGUUCAACCCAAGUGUCUUAUUACCCAAUCCAGUUGUCCAUACCCCAUCCUAAAUUUUAUCAUGGUAUCGGAGCCAGUUUUAGUCCACCUCAUUUGUCAAGGUGUUCGUCUAGACGUUCAUUUCUAGCGGCCCGUUUGUCUUUAGCCCAGUUGUCUGUAUGGAGUAUGUACCCAACGGCCUGUGACCCGUUUAACACGAUUGCUCGUCUGGAAGUCCAUACCCAGCGGCUCGUGGUUAUUUAGGUGUUGGCGCUCAAAAAAAAAUUAAGGGAAUGGGAGUUCAUUUGCAAGUGGUCAACCAGUUAGAUUCAAAAUGGCCCGGUUGUCCACUUGAGAGGGAGUGUUAAAGAGCAUCCCACAUCGGAAAAGUGUGAGGAAAUUGAUCGGUAUAUAAGCUCUUGAGUUGAAUUAUCGAUUGGAUUCAAUCUUUUAAUGUGGUUCAACCCAAGUGUUUUAUUACCCAAUCCAGUUGUCCAUACUCCAUCCUAAAUUCUAUCAGCCUGCAAGUAAACAUUCUGGGCUACAUCUCUUUUUUUGACAGGUGCUUUUCUUCAUCAACCGAUCUUGACAAAAAACGUACCAACAUUUCCUUUUUGUUACCACUUUUAUUUAUUUCUAAACAAACUACAGAAAUGACAUAAAUAAAACUAAUGGUAAAUUAAAAUAAUUGAUGAACU